AUGCCAACAUCGUGUUGUCCACAGUCUAACCGUACUGCAGCUGAACUGGCCGACAUGGUCAGAAGGCAAUAUCACAGGUUCCCUUCCGAUACGUGGGAAGCUACACGGCUCGCACUCGAAAAUCCAGAGCCUCAUCGCCUCUUCGAACACAUUGAAACACUCAUCUCCACACGGAAGAUCAAUGCGAUUCUUCAUAGCAAUGCGGACUUCCGUGGACUCAUGGCAAGCCUGUAUGGUCAACGAUACGAGUGGCUUCGAGAUGCAGACCUCGGAGGCGCUCGCUGGGGUGUGACCCAAGAAGAGGGCGUCGAGGAUCUCGCCGCGCAAGCCAAGGCAGCCGAAGAAAACAGUCCAGAAUUAGAAGACCGGAAGAGAGAUAUCAUGCUCAGGAAGAUUGUCGAAGGCGGCGACGAUCUGGAUAGGUGGGCCAAGGUCUUAGGCUUUGAGGGCGCCAGCUUCUCCCGGGCCGAGGUCGAAGCGGUUGCAGCAAAGAUGAGGACCGAGUCUGGCUUGGUGGAAGGCGAGGGCCGUCCCGCUUAUGGCGUAGGAGAAGAAAGAGAGAGCAUCGGCGGCCCGGAUCAUACCGGGUGUCUGGACGGACCUGAAGGCACCUACGGCCCUUCAACGUACGCAGGUCAGUCGAGCCUCCUUGUCGAUGAAGAGCCGGUUCAACCUGAGACUGUACCGCGAGCCCCUGCCGAGGGAGGAGAGGCACCCAGAAACCCCUUUACGACGGAGUGGCGCGCUCGCGAAAACCCCGGCAACUGGAAGUGGCCGCAAACCUUUGACUCCUAUUACAGCAGCAACCAAUUCAUCAGGAGGUCAAAGAAGUACAAGCACCCUGAACGGAACUCUCCACCAGACGACGAAGAUGAUGAAGAGGAAGACGAGGAGGAAGAUAGCGAGAGUGACUCGGCUCAGGAAUGGGAGGGAGACAAUGCUGAGGGUGAACGGAUGCCCCCAAGUGCGUUAGCUGCCUGGGCCACGACUAUUCGGACUCGGAAAAAGUCUAAAUCAAAGACAGUAACAUCUACUCGAGGCGAGGGUUCUCGAAGUAGACAGAAAGAUAAUGGCCGAAAAGGGUCACGGUUACGUGUAAGUCAGAUAGACCAAAGGAGUUGCCCUCGAGAAUGA